AUGGUACCUGGUCGCUUCUGCUUCGACGAGGAGGUCUUUUCGGCGGAACCCUUUGACGCGGCGGCGUUCCUCGAGGACUGCCGGGCACGAUGGCCCAUGGGAACGAUCGACGAGGACCUGCGGCAAUUCCAAAAGGCGCUCGAGAACCAGCUCGUGGCCAUUAUCAACGAAGACUACACCGAGUUCUUGCAGCUCUCGUCCAAGCUCAAGGGCGUGGACGAGGCCGUCUCGAGCGUGCGUGCCCCAAUCCUGGCAGUGGUUGAGCGCGUCGAACAAGUACAGAAAGCUAUGAGCGCCUUGCAGAGCAAGAUCCAGACGCAGUUGCAAACUGCAGAUGACCUGCGUCAACAGGAGAUUGACCUGAAGCUGAGUAUCAACGUCCUGGAUAAAGUGCUACUGCUGGAAGACUUACUGGAGAUAGGAUCGCCAGAUGACAGCGACGACGACAAGCAGGAGUCGAUCUUGGACGGAGGCAAAGGCACUGAUAUCGACGACGACUCUGACGAUGAUUUUGAGAACUUUGACCGGGUAAAAAAACGGCUGCAUGCACAUAGUGUUGCGGAAGGCUGCGCGAAGUUAGAGCGUGCGGCGCAGCUUUUUGUGCAGCUGGACCUGGAGUUUAUGAACGGCACACACCUCACCACGAUUCAGAGAGUCGAGAAGCGUCUUGCAGUUGUUGAAGAGACGCUUCUUCGUCGCCUUGAAACGGAGUUUGCGACCGAAAUUUUCCCCGAUACUUUUUACAACCGUGACCAUACCAUCAGCGAACUAGCAUUGGGCUAUUUGUUGAGAGCGUAUGUUUUGCUGAAGAAAAGCGACAUUCCUGAAGAAAUGAUCGGGCGUCUGCUUGUCAAGCCGUUUGCGGAAGAAAAUCUCACACGAGGAAAAUUAGACGGUAGAGUUCGUGGGUCCUGUGGAGGCCUGCCGCGAGUUUUCGAGUGCAUCUUGGAUUUCAUUACCAGCAAGUUUGCGGGCACGCUCGCCCUGUCCGUUUGCCAGGGUGAGGCCAAGUGUUCAGUUGACAUACUAGGAAACGCGAUCUGGAAGCCUUUGCAGGACAUUCUGUCGACGAAAUACAGCGUCAUUUUUCAGGCAGCUGAUCCCGACCGCUUCCACAAAAACUACACGACCAGCAUGCGCUUUUUGGCGGAUCUCGAAGAGCGUUUCUGCAAGAGUGAGACAAUGAGAAGCCGAUUUAGGUCCCACGAAAGUGUUGUAGAGUUCAAGGAAAAGUGGAACCUCGACGUGUACUUUCAGCUUCGGGCAACGCAACUUGCUUCGGGUCUUGAGACUGCUUUUGGUGAAAAAAAGCGCGACAAACCAGCCGUAUCGGAUGUAGACGUCCGCGCCAUGUCUGCCACCGCUAGCGAGUCGGCACUGGUUUACGAAAACUCAAGAUACUUAUGGAAAGCAGUCCAGGACUGCUGGAGUGAACGUGUCUUCCUGCCACCACUACUUCCCAACUUUUGCAAGCUUUGCUUACAGCUUCUCGCGUAUUACAUUGGAAUAUGGAAGGAGCCAUUAUUGAACGCAGUCGAGGUGCUGAACAGUAAGACGAAGGUAGAUUUUGGCGCCGUGCCGCUUCAGUUACUGACCACGGAAGAAGACUUGCUGUUUGCUGGAAGCGACUUCCACGUGCUCCACAAGAAGAUCUCUCGGGACCUCCUUGUGAUUGUGACGAAUUACGUGGAUACCUUCACAGACGACGGUCAGGCCUGCGUCGCAACGCUUUUCCACGAGCCACUUGCAUCGCUUGCGUCGCUUGAAAUGAGUUGCUGGUCUACUGCUGUAACAACAGUAUCGGCAGAAUGCAAGAAGGUGCUCCCAGCGAUCCGCACCGUGAAAGGCCAGUAUCAGAUGACAAACAAGCCUUCACCUACGAUCCCGUCAACAUACGUGCCUAACAUCAUUCGACCGAUACAAGAAUUUAUUGCGAAGUGGGGUGCUUACUUUGAUGAGGCUAAACGCCAACAACUGCUGGAGGCCAUUGUGGAGGAACUUGUAGCUGUGUACUCGACCUUGUCGUCGGAGCUGCUGCGAUCAGCGCUGGAACUUGAAGAAUCGCUCAAGAAUCGAAAACUGCAGCGAUAUUCUGGGUCCAGCUCGGCGGGAGCCGAUAAUGCCGUUGCUGACACGCAGAAAAUGCGCAUGCAGCUGCUGCUUGAUCUCGAUGAGGUUCAGCGAGAGGUCGCGGUGCUCGGGCUGGACGUGACACACUGCAAAGGACUGCAGGCAGCUAUCACCAAGCUCAGCAGCUGA